AUGCUUACUGAAAAGUGCUUGGGAUUUUUUUAUUCUGGGCUGUAUCUCUGGGCACCUUUGUUCCUGUCUUUCUUUAAAGUGUCUGAGCAGGGUGAAAGCCAGAGACGCUUGUACAGAGAUCUACUGAGAAACUACAAUCGUCUGGAGCGCCCAGUCAUGAAUGACUCCCAGCCCAUUGUAGUUGAGCUUCAGCUUUCUUUGCUGCAGAUAAUUGAUGUGGAUGAGAAGAAUCAGGUGUUGAUUACAAACGCUUGGCUGCAAAUGUACUGGCUUGAUAUUUACUUGUCUUGGGAUCAGUACGAAUAUCCGGGUGUGCAGAACUUGCGAUUUCCAGCCGACCAGAUUUGGGUACCUGACAUUCUUCUCUAUAACAGUGCGGAUGAAAGAUUCGAUGCAACAUUUCACACAAAUGUGCUGGUGAAUUACUCUGGAUCCUGCCAAUAUAUUCCUCCAGGCAUUUUGAAGAGCACAUGUUACAUUGAUGUCCGCUGGUUCCCUUUUGAUGUGCAGAAGUGUGAUUUGAAGUUUGGCUCUUGGACUCACAGUGGUUGGCUGAUUGACCUGCAGAUGCUUGAGGCUGAUAUUUCCAACUACAUCUCAAAUGGAGAGUGGGAUUUAGUGGGUGUUCCAGGAAAGAGAAAUGAGUUGUACUAUGAAUGCUGUAAAGAACCAUAUCCAGACGUGACAUACACCAUCACCAUGCGCCGACGCACUCUCUACUAUGGCUUGAACCUACUGAUUCCCUGUGUUCUCAUAUCUGGCUUGGCACUGCUUGUUUUCCUUUUGCCUGCUGAUUCAGGAGAGAAGAUUUCUUUAGGUAUCACUGUUCUGCUUUCCCUGACUGUAUUCAUGCUGCUUGUGGCUGAGAUCAUGCCUGCAACUUCUGAUUCAGUCCCACUAAUAGCUCAGUAUUUCGCUAGCAUCAUGGUCAUUGUUGGUCUGUCUGUGGUCGUAACAGUGCUGGUUCUGCAGUUUCACCAUCAUGACCCACAAGCAGGAAAGAUGCCCAGAUGGGUCCGUGUCAUUCUGCUGAACUGGUGUGCUUGGUUUCUACGUAUGAAAAAACCCGGGGAAAAUAUAAAGCCCCUCUCUUGUAAAUAUGGCUAUUCCAAGCACCAUCCACGCCUGAAAAAUACAGAGAUGAAUGUCCUACCUGGGCACCAGCCCAGCAAUGGCAAUAUGAUUUAUAGCUACCACACAAUGGAAAAUCCAUGCUGCCCCCAGAACAAUUAUCUGGGUAGCAAGACUGGAAAGAUUACUUGCCCCUUGCCAGAAGAUAAUGAGCAUGCUCAAAAAAAGGCUUUAAUGGAUACCAUCCCAGUGAUUGUGAAGAUACUGGAGGAAGUUCAGUUCAUUGCAACGCGCUUCAGGAAGCAAGAUGAGGGUGAAGAGAUCUGCAGUGAGUGGAAGUUUGCAGCUGCAGUCAUAGACAGAUUAUGCCUGGUUGCAUUUACCCUUUUUGCCAUCAUUUGCACAUUUACAAUACUCAUGUCUGCUCCCAACUUUAUAGAAGCUGUUUCAAAGGAUUUUACGUAA